UUUAAUUAAAUCUUAAUGACAUGCCAGUGAAAGUCUUGAUUUUUAUUAGCACUCGAUUUAUCUCGGAAAAUGUUGGAUGAUUUUUUAUUUGUUGGUUUAAUUUAUUGAUUGGUCGAUGCUGUUUUUAUUUAACUUCACCCUGAAAUUGUUAUGAAAGAAAUAAAGUAAAAGUUGCGACAUUUCAUUUUCGCAAUAGUUUAUUCUCGUCACCGAUGAUUCAAUAUAGAUCAUCACGCGAGAUCAUUAGCUGCAUCACAUUCUGUAAUUUUCAUUCUAUCAAGCGAUGACUCAACUCUCAGGAAUUGGAGUGUCAGUGACGUUUCAAAUAUUCCGCGAAUCAAUGUUACAGUGAAGCGAGACGAGCUAGCUCUCACAACUACCUAAAUAGCGAUUUAUCUUAAAACCUAUGGAUUUCAGGUGAAAACGUGAGAGGACUUUUUAGUGGCUUCCUAAAUUUCUGACAGAAAAGGUCUUAUGAUAUUUCCUUUUAAAAUCCAUGCCUUUCGAGAUAUGCCCGUAAUUCUGAAACAUGUAUUUCAACUUGUCGCUUCACCACUGCGCAACUACAUGGAAAUUGUCCUAAUUUUUUUCUCCCAACAUUUACUUCCGUUUUGUACUUGAGGACGAAUUGCGGUCAAUUCACUAGGACAAAGGGAGUGGGAGUUGAAAUUACAAUCAUGUGACGAACGCGGAAAAAAAAAUCUUAGCGUCAUUCCGUCAUUAUGUCAUUGCGGAUGACGGAAUGGAGAAAAAUACUUGGAAAGGAUCAGAUGUUUCCUUCAAUAUCUUCUCAUUAAAUUCCAGUCCAUUUCUAAUCAGCGAAUAGAAUAUAUAGUAAUUUGCAAAUUUCUCCUGCGUCUUCCCCAGGAAUUUAUGACGAAGAUAAUAAAUUUAGCCAUGACUCAGUUUGAAAUAUUAAUUGCACUAUGAGGCCGGCAAAUUUCCAUCGAUCUCACGUGCAAAUCGAUAAACCGCAUGCCCUUGAUGCCGUAAAAAGACAGUCGAUCGAUGUCUUGGCGUACGUAUGCAGACGUUCGUUAUUGAAUGAGAAUGGGGAGUGGAGAACCCUUAGGCGCAGGCCCGGGGUAUGUUUUCCAGUGGAAAUCACCGAGGCCUUCGGAGUGGAUGCGCCUGGAGCUGGAGGAAAUCUGGGAAAUUCACAGCACAAGGCUGGAGUCGAUCUGUCAGGGCUGGAGGAGUUGAAUUGUCCCCUGACACCUGGCACAAUGGCGGACAAAAUCGACCUGGACCUUCACCUCAUGUUUCCAAGCAUGCCACCCGUAUCUGAUCAGCAGAGGGAUGAAUUUGUCUUCGUUUAUGAAGACGACAAACGACCUGUCGUCAUUCUUCUAGGAUGGGCAGGCUGUCAGGACAAAUAUCUCGCCAAGUACAGCGCCAUUUACGAAGAGAGAAGCUGCAUCACAUUGAGAUGUAUAGCCCCAGUGGAGUGGCUUCUCUGGCGACGAGAUAAAAUAUUGAUCAUUGGUAGACAAUUGCUCCAGGUGAUCUUGGACCGAAGCCUCGAUCAGCACCCCAUAUUCUUUCACAUAUUCAGCAAUGGUGGGGCCAUUCUCUAUCAGCAGAUCAGUGUUGCUAUGCAAGGAAUGGGAAACCCAAUCAAUGUGAAGGGUGUGAUUUUUGAUAGUUCACCUGGGGAGAGAAGAGUCUCUUCAUUAUUCAGGGCUGUCAGUGCUAUCGUAGGGGGUCAUCCUGUCACCAAUCUCCCGAUGUCUCUUUUUAUCACCAUCUUCUUAUCAGUUUUCUGGUUGUACGAGAUUAUAACUCGAGCUUGGGGUCGAGGACACACGAUUCCAACAAGUCCAUUCGAACUUACUGAAGAACCACACUCAUGGCCACAACUCUUUCUUUACUCUAAUGCUGAUACGUUAAUACCCGCGAUAGACGUUGAAAAAUUUGGGAGUCGUCGAGCUGAACGUGGAGUACGUGUACAGCUGGUACUGUUUACGGAUGCACCUCAUGUCAAACUUUACGCUGUUUAUCCAGAUGUUUAUGUGAAUACUGUGUGCACAUUUAUUCACGAGUGCAUCAUGAACAAAGAAAAUCAGUUGAAUUCCCAGGAUUCGAUGGAGGACGAGGAAGGAAUUCAGUUGAAAUUCCAGGAUACAAUCUCAGGGCUGACGAAGAGGAUCGUUAUGCCCCAGGAAACCACACAGUCCCCGUUAGAUAAGUAAUGAGGAAAAAAUUCAUAAACUAAAGGUUGAAAUUUACACAGCAGGUGUCUCGAUUUAUCGUACUUUUCCUCUUUUGUUGGCGUUAACGUUCUUUUUUUAGUCUUGGGGAGAUAAUUUAAUAUUUAUGAGGAUUUCUGCAAGCUGGUCUUGACGAAGAACCUCGAGUAGAACACAAUCAUGAUAAUAAUUGAGGAUUUAUUUGGUAAUUACGUGAAUUGCAUCGGAUUUUGAUUAAUUUAAUUGAAUAAAGACUGACUAUUACGCUUGAAAAAUUA